UUAAAAGUUCUUGCAAUUUUUCAGGUUCUCAGGACAAUUGAUCAUCUCCUGCCAGACAACAUCGCUCUCCAUGGUUUUGUUGUUGACUUUGAGGCAGCCAUUUGGAGAGCAGUGCAGGACAGAUUUCCUGGCUUUGUCAUACAAGGCUGUGUGUUCCAUUGGACCCAGGCCGUGUACAGAAAGGCCCAAGAACUGGGUUUGCAGAGAGCUUACAACACCAGAGGAGAGGUGCACGAGUUUAUUCGUCAAGUGCUCGCCCUCCCUUUCUUGCCGCCAGAGCACAUAGUCGAGACAUUCCACCAUUUGGAUCGGCGUGUACAGACGGACUUGCUUGAUUCCCUUAUGGAAUAUGUGUGGCGCCAGUGGCUGAAUAACCCCACCUUUCCUGUCAGGAACUGGAGUGUGUUUAUGCUCGCCAUUCGCACCAACAACGAUGUAGAGGGAUGGCACAACAGGCUUAACAGCAGAGUUGCACAAAGAGGUCCUGUUCCCUUCUACUUGUUGUUGGUGGAACUACACAAAGAGGCAAAACAGAUCCCCCUACAGGCAAAGUUGAUCUCCGAAGGGAAGAUGGUUCGCAUCCAUAAGAAAAGGUCAACACAUGUAAAUGGUAAGCUGUUCGCUGCAUGGAAGAAGUAUUCGGAGGGGGAAAUGACCACCAGUCAGCUUUUGCGGCGUUGUGCCAAUGUGUAUGGACCAAGCGAUUAAACUACGUAUGAUCCUUUUGGAGAUCAAUUUAUAUUUGUUUAUAUAUUUAUAUACAUUGUACCAUGCAUCUGUAUGAUA